CAACGCGGCACUUUAUCUGUGUGGAAGUCUUCGACCUUUUAUAACCGGUGUCAUACAGUAUUUCAACCCUUGAACGUCGGAUCAAACACCAUAUUCUCCAAAAUGCAGAUAGAAGAACAGACUGACUUCAGCACCGACGAGUUUCCAGAGGGAUCCAAAAUAAACGCGAGUAAAAAUCAGCAGGAUGACGGGAAAAUGUUUAUUGGUGGACUCAGUUGGGAAACCAGCAAGAAAGACCUUAUGGACUAUCUGUCCAAGUUUGGAGAAGUCCUGGACUGCACUAUCAAAACUGACCCCAUGACUGGACGCUCCAGAGGCUUUGGUUUUGUGCUCUUCAGAGAUGCUGAGAGUGUUGAUCGGGUUUUGGAGCUGAAGGAACACAAGCUGGAUGGCAAACUGAUUGAUCCCAAGAGAGCCAAAGCCAUGCAGGGGAAGGAACCCCCUAAGAAGGUUUUUGUCGGUGGUCUAAGUCCAGACAUUUCUGAGGAACAGGUCCGAGAAUACUUUGGGGCCUAUGGUGAUAUUGAGAACAUUGAGCUACCCAUUGACACCAAAACCAACGAGAGGCGUGGAUUCUGCUUUAUAACAUAUGUUUUAGAGGAGCCAGUUCAGAAACUUCUAGAGAACAGAUAUCAUCAAAUUGGAUCAGGAAAGUGUGAAAUCAAAGUUGCCCAGCCUAAAGAAGUUUACAGACAGCAGCAGAACAGAGGGGACCGGGGCUUUGGAGGAGGAAGAGGAAGAGGAGGCCGUGGAAGAGGAGGACAGAGUUAUAAUCAAGGGUACGACAACUACUACGGCCAGAACUAUGGAGGCUAUGGCAGUGAAUACAACCAGAGCUAUAAUGGAUACCCUAGCUAUGACUAUUCAGGAUACAACUAUCAAAAUUAUGGAUAUGGCCAAGGCUAUGAUGAUUUCAAUGGUCAACAAAGCAGUUAUGGCAAGGCCUCACGGGAGGGCGGAAACCAUCAGAACAGCUACCAGCCGUAUUGAUGAAAUGACUAAAAAUGUUCAUAUUAAUGGGUCGGCAUGCUGGCUUGAGUGUUUGACAUUGUUCCUCGGAGGCAGCGUGUGGAAUCCUGUCCUUAAACAACAAUUAAAAAAGUUAUUUGGUCCUCUGGAGAAACUUUGUGUCUAACCUUGUAAAUAGCGAGGCGUUUUGUUUCAAAG